CCUCAACUGAACACAUGUCCCGACAUCCCACUUAGGCAGCAGUAAUUGGAUGAUGGCUUCCAUCUUCGACUUUGCCUUACGGUUUGCUCUAACACCUUUUCCUUGAAUUUUCUGUGUCGAGUUGUGCAAGACACAAAUGCACAUCAGAUAGAUUUCCUUCAAUGCCUCACUAAUUUCUUUCCCCAAGUCAUUGCGUCCACUUGUCGAUAUCAACGGGAGUUGGCCUUGUUUUGGUCCACUAGUCAUCGCCUUGCCUGGACAGCACCAACGGAUCGUGUGCAACAAGAAUGCCUGAGGUUGCACCUCAACAUACCUAUGGCCCGACUUGUGCCUUGCAUGUUGACUCGGACUCGACGGAAGCCGACAAUGCUUCGCCAACCAAAGUAAAGGCACAAUUCUUCUAUACAUCCUCACUCCCAAUUGACGACCCUCUUUCUCCUCUACCACCCAUCUCCGCAGGGAAGGCCUCCGACCUGCCCCCGCAGCCCUUCUCACUCAGAGACAAUGCAGCCUUGGAAGAAGCAUGGCAAGUAUAUCACAAGGGCAUGCGGGGCAAGAAGGGGGAUUCAAAAGCGCACAACUUACGGGGUGUCUACUCGUUCCCAACCUUCAGAGAUGCUAGUAGCUCGUCUGGUCUUCGGACACCGGCUUCCCUCUCCCCUCCAAGAUCCAGUCCUCAAUCCGGCGUGCCCAGCACAUCUACAACGCAGCAAGGGCGCCCAGAAAGAGAUGCACAUGUCAUGUUGGAUGGAACAGAUCAAAACCAUGCAGAGGCAUCGGGACCAGUUGAUGAGCAAGAACUACGACAAAACGAACAAAACAUGGACCGGGUGCCCAAAAGCGCCAGACGUUUCUCGUCCUUGCGCCGCAUGUCCAGGGAGCGGAAAUUACGGCGCAAGUCAUCUUCUCAGUCUUCAAAGUUGGACUCUGUGCCGCAAGCUGUGCCGCAGAAGCUCUCGGGGGUCGAUUCAGAUAUCAGUGGUCGACCUUUUGCUCGAGCACCCAGCGGGCGAAACAUACAUUCCACUUUUGCCAACCGAAUGGACGAUGUCACAUUCUCUUCGAGCGAGUCUGACGACAAUGCUACCUACCACAGACCUCUAAAAGAACCUCACCGCUCCCGUAGCAAGGGUCGCCGGUCUCGAAAGCAGGGCUCCAAUCCAUCGAAGAAGAGCUUUGUGCCUGUGGGGAUAUCUAGACUUCAUUUGGUCGAGAUUCCGGAUCUGGUGAUGAAGCCUAUAUACUGGUCGCCUAUCAACGAUACGUCCACUGUGAUGCGGGCCACGUGGUUUUACAAAGAUACCAUGUCACCUAUACCAGUAGACGUGGCCAACCGCCUAGAGAUCGGGUACGAGUAUAUGAUGCCAUAUGCCGAUCACUACCAAGAAGAAUUACAAGCUUGUAUCGACAACGGUGCUGAUGCGGAGAUGAAAGUGGUUCACAAGUUAUGGCCAGCAGACAUCAAAGUCAGCAGACCUACAACCGCUAUAGAUUUGAAGCCCGAGACAGGUGAUGUUUCUCGAGCUUUUGAUGAUUCCUCGUCCUCGCAGGGACCAAAAAACACCGAGAACAUGGCAGAAGACGUCAGGAAAGUCCCAGCCAAACGGCUUUUCGCGAGCUACAGCGUUGUCUACGUCGAUGCACACAAUGCUCAAAUCCUCCGACCCAGCUUGUUGCCUUCCUCAAAACAAAACCGCCGUCCUCUCAACUCCAUUCGCAAAGGUCGACAGAUUGGGAUUGCUGUAGUGCGCGGCUUUGACCGUCAGGCGUGGCUGAAGUUGCACCCGAAUCCAAAGUUGAAUGAAACGGCAGCACAUGCCAAGGUAGGUGCAUAUAUGUCACAGUCGGGUGAUGCCACUACGAAAAACAGGCGAGCUUCCUGUGGCGCGUGCGAACGGGAAUCAAAGACCCCACAAGUGUCCGAUCUGGUCCUGGUUAUCCAUGGGAUUGGACAGAAGCUUUCAGAGAGAGUGGACAGUUUUCACUUUACACACGCCAUCAAUGGACUACGUCGUGAGUUCAAUGUAGAAUUGUCGAACGAGACAGUCAAGGGCAACCUGAAGGAUCAAUCAGGAGUCAUGGUGCUUCCUGUCAACUGGCGUCUGACUGUCUCCUUUGACGAUGAGACCAAAGUAUCAGAGAAUUCGACGGACAACAAAUACUCUCUGAAGGACAUCACGCCAGACACACUGCAGGGUGUUCGAUCCUUGAUCAGCGACGUGAUGCUCGAUAUUCCAUAUUACUUAUCGCACCACAAAGAGAAAAUGAUCUCCGCCGUGAUUCGCGAGGCCAACCGGGUGUACAGACUCUGGUGUCGAAACAACCCAGGCUUUGAGACCAAGGGGCGAGUGCAUCUGAUUGCGCAUUCUCUCGGAUCGGUGAUGGCGAUGGAGAUCCUUAGUCGACAACCAACUCGACUUGGUAAGGAACUUACUUUUGAUGCUCACAAGCCGAGUGAGAAGAUGUUCGAGUUCGACACGACCAACCUUUUCAGCUGUGGGAGCCCUUCUGGAUUCUUCCUUCUUUUGCACAAUGCUAGCCUCGUCCCUCGUCGAGGACGGCGCAAACCUGGGAUGGAAACUGAAGAUCGACAGCCUGGGAUUGCUUCAGAGGCUCAGUACGGGUGUCUGGCGGUCGACAACAUAUACAACAUAUGCCAUCGGAACGAUCCAAUAUCAUAUCUACAGAAUGCAGCAGUAGAUCAACUCUAUGCCGCCACUCUCCAACCUGCCACUAUACCCAGUGUCGAGAUGGGCUUCAUGACGCGAGUGGGCAAUACAUUACGUUGGGCAACCAGCUCGAAAUCCGACCCCUAUGCCGCGACGGGGUCGAACUCGAGUCGUCCUAACCUAACGCAAAUGCCAUCUACUGUGGAAAUGGAGACACAUGACUUUACACGUGAAGAGAUUGCAGAAAAGAGAAUGUAUUUGUUGAACGAAAACGGACAGAUCGACUGGUUUCUCAACACGGGCGGGCCGCUGGAGAUUCAAUAUCUCAACAUGCUGGGCGCACACAGUAGUUACUGGGUGUUGAAGGACUUUGUCAGGUUUCUGGUGGUGGAGAUUGGGAGGACGCCGGGAAAGGCCAACACCGUUGAAGUAUUGCGGGCUAAGAAGAGGAGGGAGUUCAAGAGAGCAAGUAUUACAUGAACAGGUAACUGUGUAUGGGUCUGGAGUUUGGGAAACGGUUGUGAGAUAGAAGUGUUCUUUAUUUGUAUUGUUUGCGUUCAAGCGAUGAGUACACAUACAUAGUUAGCUUUUUGCCAUGAUGUAAAUGGCCCAGUCUAGACGACAUGAAAUGGUUCA